AUGGUAGAUAUGGCUCCAACACCAUAUGUUCACUUUGCCGUUGGUCUACAAUGGCCCGGGGUCAUUGGUCUACUCCUCUCCUGCAGAACCCUCCUAACGUUUCAAGAAUGGCCUUACCUCCACCAAGCCAGAUUCGGAAGACUACCAGUCAGAGGGUGUCCAGGAUCUAAGUCCACAGCACAUGACCACUCCGUCUCUGUAAAUCGGGCAGUUGACUCCCCUGGAGUGCGACCAGACUUCGUAGUAACCUCGACAAAUCGUGCCAUCAUCAUUGAUGUAACGGUGCCUCUAAGCAGCGCAGAAGGGUUAGAGUAUGCCAGGGAUAAGAAGAUAGAGAAGUACAAACACCUCGGCUCUGUACUUCCUCUAGUCGUUGGCUCACUCGGUUCUUGGCUAUCGAGCAACGACGCAAUAUCCCUAGCCCUGAGCCUUCCUGGAAGACAGUGGAACAACCUUAAUUGGAAGAUGAAGCUCUUGGCUAUCCAAGGAACCACCAAGGUAAUAGCUAUACACUUGGCAUCUCAAACCGAAGAAAGCUAUCCACCACCUGAAGAAGAUGAGGAAGCAGUAGACAUUAGUCCCCUGCAACUAAAACUGCACUCUCUACCAUUUGCUACAUUGGUGCUUCCUCACUUCAAUUGCACGGUGAGUGAGACCCAAGGAAUCGCCACGAAUUCCACCAAGGAAGAACCUACAAUGGCCUUGAAAAUCGCUGAGUCGGGGUUGGUUCACCAUGGAGGAAGUACAGGAGUCAUCUCAAAACCCACCAAGGAAGAAUCUGAAAUGGCCUAA